AUGGAUGUCAUUAUCUGCUUCCAGAGCGGGCAAGAUCGCCUUACCUUCAUGGUCGCCACUCUCAACAAGUCUCCAUACAGAUUUGAAGACCAUGACUCAACAUUCUACCCGGACCUAUCCAAAUCAACACUGGACUGGAGAAGAUCUAUGCAUCCUCUGAAUAAGGAACUUUCUGCUCACAAUAAAUCAUACAUGUGGGGUACCCCAUGUUGCCUGAUAAUCACCUGUGAUACUGGGACUUUAAAAGUCACACACGCAUCACAAAUUACAAGCACCCUUCAGGGGCACUACACUCUACACAGACAACGUUACAGCAGAGAUCCUAGGAUCCAGAUAAAAUUCAACUGCUUGUUCCAGCCGAGCAGAAGGGAAAUCCUGCAGCAAUUCUAUGAGCGACCAGCUUGA